UUCUCGUCUUCGCUCUGUUGAAGGCUUGCCUUACAUGCCAUUAGCUUCUGUUUGGUGCCGGAGGAUUGAGUGAGCCGAUAGUUUUUCCGCUUUUGAGUCAGCUUUUCGAAGGAACUGGGAGGAUUAUCUUGGUCCGCGCAUUUCUGUCGUGUACGAGGGUGCUUUUUAUUCAAUCGCAGGGAUGGAUUCUCGUUACUCAGCAUUUGCCACACCGGGAUGUUGUUAAUGGGAAGAGAGAAGGACGACCAGUGAGAUUAGGGUCCGUUCGUUUCAUUGCAACAGAAAAAGAAGAAGAAUGAUUUGGAAAACAUUUUCCUAAAGACGAGUAGUUAUAUCGCUUGAUAUAAUUAGUCGACAAAAGCUGUUUUCAUUGUCGACAAUAAUUGAUGCCUAAAUAUUUUCGUGGAUGAUGGAAAUGUUCUUUGUUCAUAUGUUUUUGUGAGCGAUACAAACGAUCAAUAUUUUUUAGGAAAAUAUUUUCCGAAACGUGGGUUUUCUGCGAAACAAAUGAACCCUUACUGUGGAUUGAAAUGAAGUAAUUUUGCGGCAAAAUGGACUGAGUGGUGUGGAAUUUUAGUUCCUGAAUAGGUGUAUGCUGGCCGUGGUGGACUCUGCGCAUUGAUUUGAAUGUUUAUAUGUCCGAAGCUUGCAUAUCUCUGAUUUGAUAUGCAUCUUCUCAUUUUGCUGUUAUGAACAUAUUUUUUCAAAUGUCUUGGUUAUUUUUUCGUGUUCUCAAUUUUUUUUUUCCCCUUUGAUUGUUGGAAUAACAGCUUGUGGUUUCUUCUCCCUGCUUUUUUGCUUUUCCCAGCGACAGUAUUUAAGGGGAGCAGUGGUUGAGAUGCAGAGAGACAUGUCAUGUGAAAUGAGUAUUUUGUUUUAUUGGGAAGCAUUGAAAUCUAUCUCUUUAACACAGGCAUCCAUCUUUCUGACCAUUACAAAACCUUCAUUUCUUCUGUAAAACUCUUGACUUAGUGCAUCUUUCUGAAGAAGUUGUAGCUGUUCAGUCUUCAAAUGUCAGAAGGUGCCAUGGCAGUUGUCAAGCCCGAGAUGAAGUCAUACAUCUGGCUCCAAACUGCGGAUGGUUCAAUCCAACAAGUGGAAGAGGAGGUUGCCAUGUUCUGCCCCAUGAUAUGCCGAGAAGUACUUCAAACUGGCAUGGGAUCUUCAAAAAACUAUGCUAUAGUACUUCCGCAACGGGUCAAUCCUCCUAUCUUGGGCUUAAUUCUUGACUAUUGUCGAUUUCAUCAAGUACCGGGGCGCUCAAAUAAGGAACGUAAAACAUUUGAUGAGAGAUUUAUCCGAAUGGAUACCAAAAAGCUCUGUGAAUUGACAUCUGCUGCCGACAGUCUGCAACUUAAGCCUUUGGUGGAUCUAACCAGUCGUGCACUUGCUCGAAUUAUUGAAGGAAAAACUCCUGAGGAGAUUCGGGAGACAUUUCAUUUGCCUGAUGAUCUCACCGAGGAGGAGAAGUUGGAACCUCUAAGAAACAUUACUGAUGAUCCACGGAUCCGACUGUUGAAUAGAUUAUAUGCAAGAAAAAGGAAAGAGUUGAAAGAGCGAGAGAAAUUGAAGAGUGUGGAGGUUGAGGAGGAGCGUGUUGAUGAACGUUCAGUAGAUGAUCUCUUGACGUAUAUAAAUAGCGGAGAUGGCAAGGGAGUGAGAGCCAAUAAAAGCAAAAAGAAAAAUAGAAGGAGAAAAGACCCAUUAAAAGAUGCCUUGUCAAAUAAGGCGAAUGGUGAUCAUGAGGAUCUGGAAGCUGUGCCCACUGCUUGCUCUCACAGUAAGGCUAAGGAUCUUGAGGUGGCUACACCUCAUAAAGCUUUGAAACUUCAAGAUUUUCCUCUUGGCACCUUUUCCCCUAAGCUUGAAUUUGAUGAUAGUUAUAUGGAUGAUGAUUUAGAUCCUGCAAUGAGGGAAGAGCUUGAUAGGGAGGUAGAGGACUUUGCCCGUCGAUUGAACCCAGAUUGGCCUGAGAGGAUACAGGAGAUUUUGUGUUUGGACCGCCCAGAAAGAAAACUUCUGCCAGUACAUAUCAAUGGUACUAGUUCCAGUUGUGCAUGCAUAAGCUUGGAUCGAAGAUAAUUGGUGAAAGAGAGAUGGUUGUUUUUCAGUAAUCAGAAUUGUCUCCACCUUUUCUUGUUUGAGCUACCUGCGAAUGCAGGGUUGCUCUUGCAAUAGAGAGGAGUUCGAAUACUCUGGUGUGGGUAGUGUGCCAGCAUGCGUACCUAGUUUGCCAUCACCAGAGCCCUUCAUCGUUCUGUGGGCAUAGUGGAUGUCAGAGAAAAGGUGAAGAUGAGAACCCGGGAAAGAAGUGGAAGUAUUUCGAAGUUUUGAUGUGCAGUUUAAGCAGACGCUGCUUAUGUAUCUUGUUUACUUCUCUUAUUGGGUUGGUUUGUAGUUUAUACAUGAUCUUUGGCCGGAUCAUGUGCUUGCUAGGAAUUGUCAAUUCCAAUAAUGAUCCCUUUUCUUUUCUCUUACACAAUUUGGCCGAGCACAUACAGAGGGACAAGUCGUUCUUUUUGUCGAUGAUGUCAUGAUGUUUUCAUACCAGAUUUGCUUCUUCGUCAUUGGCCUCUUAUGGCUUUCUUCAACGACAUUAGCCAUGGAGUUUACAUUUUUCCAAUAAAGUCACUAUUCUUUUGCAAA